GAAUACGUAACUCAUCCUUCGCCUAUACCGUAUUAGCAUUUAUACGGCUAGUAUGUUCAAGGACCUAUCUUUCCGUGACGUCCCGGCGUUAAUCGCUGGUAUCACGCUUACCAGUGCCGUACCCCCCAUGAUGCUAUUCGGCGCACGUACCACCAUGCUUGGAACGCUUAUCUCCAUAUUCUAUUCUCAGGGGAAGUUCGAGGCUGUCGAUUCCAUUCUCCUUAUCAUCCCUUACGCUGGCCUGGUGGAGGGCUAUCUCGUCUGGAAAGCUGGAAAUCGUGGAAAGGCAGUUUUUCGUAUCGUGACGGGUUUCUUCUUCGGAGCUUGUGGACUGGUUGGGUUGACAGCGUCGAAUCGUUAAGCUGUCAAUGUAAGUACUAUGAGGUAGGUAGGAAUUUAUGGGACCUAGGAGAAUAUAAAAUCAGGACUAGGACGUAAUACAGAUUGAACUAAGCAAGGGGUAUCGAGCUAUUUUUAUCGAAUCGAAUGAUAAUUCUUUCUAUGCAAAUAUGACACAACGUUGUUGGACAUCGAAAAGUACUUAGGAAUGGACUUG